GCUGUCUUGGGCGACCUUUUUCAGAGCUGCCAUUAGCAGAGAUUCUCGCGGUUCUAGUCGGAAGCACAGGCCAGUGACCGCUCCGUUUGGAGAGAACGCUUUGCUUACUACAGCUUCGACUCUGUGAAGUGGUUCUUUUCAUUACCCCAAGAGCAGGAAUCCGAAUUCUGUUCUAUCAACAGGUUUCUGGGAGCCCAACUUCAAAGACCAAGGAAGUCCGCAUCCGCAGCACCCGUGUGUGCUGUAGAAACAUCACUUCAGCCUUCUUCGAGGCAACUCUCAGUCCCAGAGGAAAGAAGGUGAACCAUCUGCAUCAUCUGCAAGCCACCAUGAGCCAUAACAAGUACAGGUCACGGGAGGUCCACAAUUCUUUAAGGAAAAACAUGAACGUCACAAACCGUUCGUCCCAGGUUCUUCAGGAAAAGCAGAAUGACCACCCGACUUCGAAAAUGCAAAUGGGAUCUCAAAAAGGACCAAAUGAGAUACCCAACACCCAAGAGCAAAGACUCUGUUCCCCUAAGAAAACUCGACAAGAUCAGACCACUCUCCCAAAUAAAAUGAUCAACAUCACCUUGGGGGUAAGCCCUGAGGCACCUAUGCAAAUUCCCAUCCAUGGGGGGACAGGUAGUUUAUAUGAGGAGCUCAGCACCCUUGACCCUGUCAAAAGAGAGAUAGAAAGACAGCCAGGCAAAGAAAUGCUGGUGUGUGGCAAAGAAGGAAUAGAAGGGUACAUAAACCUUGGCAUGCCCCUCCGCUGUUUUCCGGAAGGCAGCCAUGUGGUCAUUACCUUUUCCAAAACUGAAAGUGAGGAGAAAGAAAAUAAUGAAGUGUGUGGCCGCCUUGACCAGUCGUCUGCUGAGUGUGUUGUAUUUUACAUUCAUGCAGUUGGGAAUAGGGAGCAAAGGAUCCUGAGGUGCAGGGAACUUGACAAGGAGGGGACCAAAGUCUGUGUGUAUGGCUUCCAAGGAGAGACCAUCAAGGCCACUCUGAGGAAGGAUGGCAGGUUUCAUUCCUUUGUGGAGAGUGACCAUUGGAAACUCAUUCACAAUGAUACCAUCAUAGCAAACACCCAGCCGGUUGAUGUGUUACAGGGCAAGCUCUUUCUGAUUGAGGUUGAAAGAAAGAAAAGCCCUUGGGCGGUAGCAGCACCUCAGAAUUCUGAGUUAGAGGACAGAAACUUCAGUGAGUUAAAAGGAUACAUUGUGAAUUUGUACCCCACACUGACAGCAGAACGUGAGAAAAUGAGAGCAUACAUUAAGGAAGAAAGUGAAAAUAGUAAAGAACAGUCUCUUUUUAAAGCCCAUAAGAGGAAGUUCCUGGAACUGACAAAAAGCUCUACUCCAAGUAAAGUCUUCAGACUUCUUUCACAGUUCAUUGAUUCCACUGGGCUCAUAGUUUGGGACAACAACGGAAACAGGGGUCGUGCCACUUGCUUCGUUUUUAGAGGGUUGUACAUUUUCACUUGUCGCCAUGUAUUAAAUGACAUUGUGGGAGAAGGAAGAGAGCCACUCAAGUUUACAGAACUAAUUAGCCAAUGUGUAAGGGUGACAUUUGAUGAUGAAGAUUGUAAAGAGCCAGCCUCAAACUUCAACAGUUGUUUUUGCAUUGAACCUUGGCUUGGCAUAUCUGAUGAAACUCUUGACUACGCUGUCCUGAAACUGAAGGAAAACGGACAACAUGUGCCUGCCGGACUGUAUAAUGGAAUAGCUCUUGUACGCCCCAGGGAGUUGACAUACAUGAUUGGCUAUCCAAAAGGACAAAGGGUUAUUGAGGGUUGUACAGGGAUCCCUCAAGGUAAACCAAGAGAGAAAAAUCAGCAAUGUGUUCUUGGAACAGAAGCAGCAGGUCAUAAUCAUUCUUUAAAGUACCAGCAUAUGUAUACUCAGAGAAGUUUCCAAGAAAUAUCUGACAACCCUAAUGACUUUACCUAUAAUACGUUUUAUUGUGGUUCUUCUGGAUCUCCAGUAUUUGAUUGUAACGGUUCUCUGGUGGCCAUGCAUACUGCUGGCUUCAUUUGUGAGCAUGAAAGAGGAGUUUACAAUAUCAUUGAGUUUGGUACAAGGAUGGAAUCCAUCCUUGAUGAUAUUAAGCAAAAAGAUGAAAUAUGGUAUAAUGAAAAUUGUGUAAAUCAGCAGAAUAUAGAAAUGUACAAUGAAGCCCAUAUAAAUCAGCAGGGUGAAGAAAUGGACAAUGAGACCUACAUAAAUCAGCAGGAUAUAGAAAUGGACAAUGAAGAUUGUAUAAAUCAGCAGGAUGUAGAAAUGUAUAGUGUAGGUUUUUGAGGGCUGGGUAGAAUUUGUUCCUGUUUUCUCUCUCUUUUGUUUUUUUAAAGAUUGAUUGAUUUAUUUAUUAUGGAUACAACAUUCUGCCACCACGUAACUUUCCACACUAGAAGAGGGAACCAGAUCUCAGUAUAGACGGUUGUGAGCCACCAUGUGGUUGCUGGGAAUUGAACUCAGGACCUCUGGAAGAGCAGUCAGUGCUCUUAACCUCUGAGCCAUCUCUCCAGCCCCCGUUUUCUCUCUUUAAAAGAAUUGGUUUUUCUAUAGCAUGCUUUUCGGGGUGCCUGUCCUGAAAAACUUUCUCCCAGAGUCCAGACAAGGCACUUACAAGCAGUGGGAUUCUAAUCUUAAGGAUAUCAAAUGAAUCAGUGAUGGCAUGCUCAGUCCAUCUCUUUUUUGUUCUAAGUAAUCUUUCUGAUCUCUCUGCCGUUCUCCCAUGUCUCUUAAGUCUACAGCUUCUUUUCAGCUCUCAUUCUUAGCUCCUCUCUUGCCUGGCUUUUCACAUUUCUAACAGGACACUCUUUGCAAUCCUGAGAAAAGUUUCAAAACCCUCAAGGUCAUAGCACGUUCCUAGAAUAGACCAUAAGGUGGAGAGCCAUUACCAUGGUAACCCAAGGUUCCAAGGUCUCAGGACCAGAGGGAGGGGGCACAGUCCCCAGGGCCACAAACUCUGAGACAUAGCUUUUUAUCAGCAGACUUGGCAAGCGUAGAAUUGGCAGGCUUUUCUUAGGGUGUUUUGUGUCUGUGUUUGUCUGAGCAAAAGGAACAAAGCAGACUUUAAGUGUCAACAGCAUCAUGGCGAAAUGGAUCUGGCUAUGAAGCAUUUACUAGUGUAUUUUUUAUAUAUCAAAAUUAUACAACUAAAUGAAAAGUCAUCUUCCUGACCACCCACAGAUAUAUGUGCUCAUAAGAUUGCGAUGUAAUCAUGAGGUUACAUAUAUACAUUACAUGAAGAUGUAUUGUGAUUGGAGAUAUAAUAGUAUAAAUGCAUAAGAAGUUUACAACAAGAAAUAGACAAGUCAUUCAAAAGGCAGUACUUCCAAAAUGCCGUGUGUGAUGGUUUCCUCCACCAGAAUCCUUGGUUCUGAUAGGUUGACCUUUUGAACAUUAGUUAUCACCUGCGGUAUACUCCCAUGGCCUUCUGCUACCAGCAGCUCUCAGUAGUUUUCUAAAGGCAAAAAUACAUUUUUCUGACUGUCAAAGCAUUCACUUUAAUGCGAAAAGAAGGCUGGGAAUGUGGCUCACUGGUUGAGCACUUGGCUAGCAGGCAUGAGACUCUGGGAUUUGGACCCAGUGAAAAAUGAAAAUUAGUACUCCAAUCAGCUUCCAAAAGUGUUGUUCUCACUGGCUUUUUAAAACUUUGAAGCCACCUCAAGCCUCACUUAACGGAUCAUGCACACUCUUACAGAAAGUUUGGUAUUUCCUAUUCUAAACCUGUAGUUUCCUCUCUCUUCAUAACUGGCAGAGUGAUUCAUGAUUGCUAACAAGAUUUCAAAAUCCUUUGACCAUCCGCAUCUCUUUCCUUUCAUUCCCUCUGUGGCAUCUCCUGCCAGCAGAGGGAGAACGUUCCAGGACAUCUGCACACUGCUCCAGCUCAGCAGUCACUAACCCUACUCGGGCAGCUAGGGAGAGUAGUUCGCUUAGCCUCUGUCCCUUUCUGCUCAUGAUGUUCAGUGUCUGAAACACCAAAAGCUGAAUCUCAGGCUAACUCAGGAGUCCGUCCUGACUAUAAAUCAUAUUUGUCCAUGCAAGAUGGAGAAGGCGAGAGGUCCAUGUAUGUACAGAUAGCAGUAGAGAAAUGAGAAUUGUUGAACACACAGGCUUUUCUCAUCAACAAAAGGAAUUGACACCUGUUCACCCUGGGUAGCCAUUCCAGCUUUGAUCUGGAAGUUCCAACCCCCAUUGAGACUUUGGCAACUGUCACGCCUACAAGGCAGGGCCAAGGGAGGCACCUGGAGACCCCAGAUCUGGAUUGGCCAGCACUCUCUCUGUUCAGGGACCCUGGAUGGUGGAGGUGUGCCAAGCAGAGCUCCAGAGAACACCACUGGACAGCUAUACACCUUCCCCAGACCCCAAGACCUACCUAUCCCUUAAUUAGUAAGUUAAGCCAUUAAAUAAAUCUCCUUUUGAGGAUGUGGAGCUAGGGGAACUCUCCUCCACUGCUGGUGGGAAUGCAAGCUUGUACAACCACUUUGGAAAUCAAUAUGGCGCUUUCUUAGAAAAUUGGGAAUCAAUCUCCCCCAAGAUCCAGCUAUACCACUCUUGGGCAUAUACCCAAGAAAUGCUCAACCACACCAUAAGAGCACUUGUUCAGCUAUGUUCAUAUCAGCAUUGUUUGUAAUAGCCAGAACAUGGAAACAACCCAGAUGCCCUUCAACUGAAGAAUGGAUAAACAAAAUGUGGUACAUAUACACAAUGGAAUACUACUCAGCAGAGAAAAACAAUGGUAUCAUGAGGUUUGCAGACAAAUGGAUGGAUCUAGAAAAAAUCAUCCUGAGUGAGGUAACCCAGACUCAGAAAGACAAACAUGGUAUGUACUCACUCAUAGCAGGAUACUAGACAUGAAACAAGGAUGACUUGUCUGCUACUCACAUCACCAGGGAGGCUACCUGGAAAACAGGACCCCAAGAAAGACACAGGGAUCACCCAAUGACAGAGAAAUGGAAUGAGAUCUACAUGAACAGCCUGGACAUGAGUGGGGGUAAUGAAAGGCGAGGGUUGAGGGAAAGAGAGCUUGGGGGAGCGGGAGAUCCCAGCUGGAUCAACAACAGAGAGGGAGAACAAGGAAUAGGAGACCAUGGUAAAUGAAGACCACAUGAGAAUAGGAAGAAGCAAAGUGCUAGAGAGGCCCACAGAAAUCCACAAAGAUACCCACACAACAGACUGCUGGCAAUGGUCGAGAGACAGCCCGAACUGACCUACUCUGGUGAUGGGAUGGCCAAACACCCUAAUUGUUGUGCUAGAAACCUCAUCCAACUACUGAGGGAUCUGGAUGCAGAGAUCCAUGACUAGGCCCCGGGUGGAUCUCUGGGAGUCCAAUUAGCGAGAAUGAGGAGGGUUUAUAUGAGCGAGAAUUGUUGAGACCAAGGUUGGAUAAAGCACAGGGACAAAUAGCCAAAUGAAUGGAAACACAUGAACUAUGAACCAAUGGCUGAGGGGUCCCCACUGGAUCAGGCCCUCUGAAUGGGUGAGACAGCUGAUUGGCUUGAUCUGUUUGGGAGGCAUCCAGGCAGUGGGACCAGAUCUUGUGCUCAUUGCAUGAGUUGGCUGUUUGAAACCUGGGGCCUAUGCAGGAUUGUUUGGCUCGGCCUGGGAGGAGGGGACUAGACCUACCUGGACUGAGUCUACCAGGUUGACCUCAGUCUGUGGGGAAGGC